AUGGAGGCCGCCCUGCCGCAGGCGCUGCCGGAGCCGCCCCGGCCCGAGCUGCUGGCCCGCGCGUUUCCCCUCAGGCCGGGGCGGCCGCUGCCGGAGGCGCUGCCCGGAGCCGGAGCUGCCUGUGCGGCGGAGCGGCCGCGCUUCCCGGCCGGGCCGGGGCGCCUGUGCGGGCGCUGCUUGCGGGGCCGUGCCGGCCUCGCCAAAGCUGCCCGCGGCUCCCUUUGCGCGGCGGUCGCUGCCGGUGCCGGCGCGCUGAGGCGGAGCUGCCGCCCCUCAGGCUGCCCGCGCUUCCCGCCAUUGGCGCUGCGGCUCCCUCAGGCUCUGCCGGCGGCCAUCCCGCCUGUGCCCGGCUUUCGGGAAGCUGCCCGCGCUCUCCCGGCGCCAGGCGGGCUUUGGCCCUGGCUGGAUGCCGGCUGCCCACCAAAGGCGCUGUCAGCGCUCCGCCCGAGUGGAGAGGAGAGGAAAGGCAGCAAAAGGCUCAUGAGCUUCCAGAAAGAGAGGGAGAGAUCCCUCCCUGGUGACUGCAGCCAGUCCUGCCUCGCCAUGGACCUGGUGCCACGUCUCGUGCGCGCUCUGCUCCUGCUGGCCCUGCUGCUGGCAGUGGCUCCCUCGGCAGGAGUGGCCAAAGAGCUCUGCCCAGAGCCCUGCCGCUGCCCGGGCCAUGGGCGGCUGAACUGCCGCCACACCGGGCUGGCCACCGUGCCCCCAGCCAGCCGCCGCCAAGCCCUGGCCGUCCUAGUGCUCAGGGACAAUGAGCAGCGGACAGUGAAGAGCCAUUCCCUGGAGGGGCUGUUCCUGCUGAAGCACCUAAAUCUCUCCGGGAACGGCCUCACGCGGAUCCGCAGCGGCACUUUCCAGGCCUGGCAUGGGAUGCAGUUCCUCCAGGAGCUGAUCCUCAGCCAAAACCCGCUGGUUGUGAUAGAUGACUCUGCCUUCUUCAAGCUGCCCUCAGUGCGCUCUCUGCAAGUGCCCAAGGAGACGGCCUGCUGCCUGUGCCAGGAGCGUCCCCGGCCCGAGAGCCCCUGCAGGACCAUCCAGUUCCUGUGCGAGAAGCUGUGCAGCAGCAGCGCCCCGCAGUGCGUUCACUCAACUGUGCUGCAGACACGGGGAGAAGUAAUGGACAUGGAGCAACGCAGAGAGCUGAACACCAGCCCUGUGUUGAUCCUCAAGCCCAUGGAACCUUCACUGGGAGAUCAUGGAACUGCAACGCUUGUGGUUGCCCUGACCCAGAGCGCUGAGGGUGGUGUCAGCAGCCUGGAUAGCUCCAGAAGAAAUUCAUAUCCCCCUCAGCAUCUCUUGGGGCACGAAGGCAAAACAAGUGCUGGUGACCUGAGGGCCAAGGUCAAGAAGAAGCUGCACAAGGCAGAAAGCAUCAAGGCUGCAAGAAUCACUGUCCCACACCAGCCCCAGCCUGCCAGGCUGAAGCAUGUGGUGGAAAAGACACCCUCAAGCUGGCAUCAAGAGAAGAUGGAGUCACGUUUAUACUGGCAAGGAUUGAAGCCCUCAGCUGUAGCUGGUGGAUUAAAACAUGCUGACGAUCCCUCCAUCUCUGGACAACACAGAGAUGAGGAGGAAGAUCCAACUGCCAGGAAGUACCACGUCAGGACACACAAACGGCACAAGAAGAAGGACAGGCAGUAUUGGGUUGGACAUAAUCCGCUUUUCUACCAGGUGCUGAGCCCUGUGAAAGUGGAGCGAAGGUCCAGAUCUGCCCAGGGUCUAAACAGGGACGUGGAUUUUCUCUCUGACCCGUUGGUUCAGAGCCACCCCGCUGUGAGCAGCAGACGAGGAGCCACGGCUGAAGAGAAGCAUUCCUCCAUCGGCGGCCACCUCCUGCUCAUGCCUGACACCAGAGAGGAGGAAGACUCCAUGCUCCUCCAUAAACCUGUGAGACCCCGAAGUGCGGACCUUGCGCCAGUACUAAAAGACCUGGAAACCAAUGCUGAUCAUCACCAGCAGUUGAUGGAGGCACACAAAGGCCUGAAGACAUUCAUGGCCCACGUGGAGAGAGCUCUGAGGAGGGACUGCAGCCUGCCCCAGCUCAAGCAGGCGUGUGCCAAGAUGGUCAAAAAGACCAGGCUGCUUCUAAAGGUGCUCCAAGGGAGGCAAGAGAACCAGGAAGCCUAUGAUCCAAUAGAGCAGUGUCGUCAACAAGAGAACAUGAUCAUUCACAUGGCCUUGGGGAAGGACAAGGGGCUCACAGGGAAGAAGCGCUCCCGACAGAGUGAACUUGACUCCCAGCCUGGCCACCCCAGGAAAUUGUGGCUGAGAAGGUUCUGUGCAAAACUGCCACAGAGAGGGAGGAAGGAUAACAAGGAGGCACAGAAUGUAGAGCAGCCUUUGCUCUACAGGGCAGAGAGCUCCUCCGAGUGUUGCCCCUGUUCCCAGGCUGUUCAUGGAGCAUCCCAGUGCUGUUCCCUGUUCAGCAAGUCUGAAUUGCCAUGGAUUCAACGCAUCAGGGAUGCCUAUGAAUCCCAGAGAUAAGCAUCCCGGGAAGAGGCAUAGUGUGAAGAACAAAGGUAGAAGACUUUCAAGAAGUUAAUGGGAUGCCACAAUUGUUCACCUCCCAUUUAGCUGAGGCCCUCCUUGGAUGCUGCUUUGUUUGCUGUUUUUAUUUCUUUAGAUGCUUUUUCCUUGACUGUUAUUUCUUGCUGUCACUGCUGAGGGAAGGCCAGAGGGUGCUGCAGGCAAGCACAAGCUCUGGGACACCCAGAGAAGGCAUCAGUAUCUCAGGGUUUUCCUCAUCCCUUGUCACAAUGUUUUCCCCUGCAUUCAAUAAAAAACAAGUUGGUUCUCGUUC